GUCUACAACACCGAUAUGAUACUGGUAGCAAUGAUGCGCCAAGAGUUGGAGCCCCAUCCGUUAUACCGAGUGAGUACAGCGUCUUUAGUACGUCCAGCUCCACCACCAUCAUCCCAGCCACAGUCGACACCGCCAAGCCAUCCGCAUUUCCGUCCGAUGCCAUCACAACCGCAGCCGCAUCGUGUCAAAGCAUAG